AUGGAAGAUUCUCACCACCACCCCAACGACACUCACCACCACCCCGAUGACACCCACCACCACCACUCCAACGAGACCCACCAACAUCAACACUCCUCCUCCCCUCCCACCUCCGGUACCUGCUGUAAGUGCGGCGGCCCUACCACCUUCGCCCCCCCUGCGCCAAUCCCUAUCUUCUCCCCUCCUCCAACCUACCGCCCCAUCCGCGCCCCCGCAAUCCCUCCGGACCCCAACUCCACCCGCGCCAUCAUCCUUACCCCGGUCCCACAAGCCCAGAAAGUUCCCAUUUUGCCCCCACCCUACGACUUCCACACCCCCACCAAGCGCAUCCACUCCGCCGACGACAUUCGCCGCUUCCACGACUCCUUCUCCGGAAAAAACUUCCUCGGCUUCGUCGUAGCCCUCUCCGAAUCCAUCCGCGGCCAUAAAAUCUCCGACGAGUGCCACCAAUCACCGACAAUUCUCUCCAUUCUCUCCAUCCUCGAUACCCUAACCCUACUCGCCGACGAAACCCCCCGUGUCCCGCAAUCUGCGCGUUACGGCAACGUCGCUUAUCGCACCUGGCACGAAAAAGUGUCCAUAUCCGCAGAAUCACUGAUCUUAAAGCUCCUCCCGGAGAAUCUCCACCCGGCGGCUGUCGAACUCGUUCCCUACUUCGGCGACUCCUUCGGGAACGCGAGCCGCAUCGACUAUGGCACUGGCCACGAGACGAAUUUUGCGGCGUGGCUGUACUGCCUUGCGCGGCUGGGGGUGAUCGGAGAGGAGGAUUACCCGGCAGUGGUAGCGAGGGUGUUUGUGAAGUACUUGGAGCUGAUGAGGAAGUUGCAGUUGCUGUAUUGCUUGGAGCCUGCAGGGUCUCAUGGUGUGUGGGGGCUUGAUGAUUACCACUUUUUGCCCUUCAUAUUUGGGUCUUCCCAGUUGAUUGAUCACAAGUAUAUGAAGCCUAAGUCCAUUCAUAAUCAGGAUAUCUUGGAGAAUUUCUCCAAUGAGUAUCUUUACCUUGCUUGCAUCGCAUUUGUGAAGAAGGUGAAGAAGGGGGUGUUUGCUGAGCACUCCCCCAUGUUGGAUGAUAUCAGUGGGGUGCCCAAUUGGAACAAAGUGAACAGUGGCUUGCUCAAGAUGUACAAGGCUGAGGUCCUUGAGAAGGUCCCCAUAAUGCAGCAUUUUCUCUUUGGAUCGAUUAUUAAGUGGUAUGUGUGA